AUGUUCCGUCGCCGGCAGUCCAACACGAAGCCCUACCACCCCCCUGACACCACCACCACCACCACCAGAGUCCGCCACAAGCUCAAGGACCUCUUCGUCUCCUCUCCAUCGCCGCCGCCAGCAGAAAACACCGCCGCCGCCAAGAGCUGCCGAGAAUUAGAACAACAGCAACAGCUCCACCACCAUGAGCAGGACGGAUUUGUCUCCGGCGGCUCCGCUUUCGGCGUGAGGUUCCGCUCCGGAUCUCCACUCCGACGCAGCAGCGGCGCAGCUCUCCGGCCAAUAACAUCGGCGUUCCGGUACCGGUUACUCCGACGAGCAUGGCGACCGAUGUUAGUGACAAUUCCUGAGUAGUGCCAUGACUGUACGGAUAAGCUUAAUUCCGAAAUUUUAAUUAAUUUAUUUAUUUAUUUCAUUACUCAACUUAAAUUUUUGAGAAAAAAGAAACAGAAAAAAAAAAGAAAAAAAAAGAGAAAAGAAUAAUAUUCUCUGCUUGCUGCUAACGUGCUCCGCGUGCGUUUGUUAUAUCAUUAUGGAUGUGCUUAACGACUUAACGUAACUACAACGUUUGGCGCAUUUUUAUUUUUUAACAUUACGGUAGUAUCUAUACGACGCCGUAUUCGUUGGAAGUUGUACGUUUGACUAACGAUACCCAACGGCUUCUUUUGUAUUCUUGUAAUUUUUGUUUUGCGUGUAGAAAGAUCAGAAGAAAAUGGCAUGCAAUGCAAUGCAAUGCGAUAUUUUGAUUUUUGUUUUUUGACUUUGGAGAAUCAUUAGUUAAUUAAUUAAGUGAUUGAUUAAUAGAUAACUAAAUUAAGUGUA